UAUUUGGUCUGCCGGGGCGUCGUUAACCUCAAGAGUUUAUCUUAAUACGCUUCACCAGCAAGCCUACAAAAGAACAAGAGGGAUGCCCCUGCACUUGCAUCUUGAAGCGUGGUCACUCCUGAUGAUCUGUCUCGGGGUCUUCGUAGUCACAUCAACAUCUCCAAGCAAAGCUGGUUCGGUGUGGAUACCAGUGGAGACACCUUUGUUGAAUAGCACUGAGACCCCUCUUAAUGAAAAGGAUGUAAAGCUUGAAAGAUACCAAGAUUUUAAAAGGGGCAUCCUGUAUGGCAGUCUUGUACUGGUCUACUCCUCGCUGAAGAAUGACUCUUUCCGGUUGUGCAAGUUGACAUACAAACCAAACUCUGGGAUAACACCUGAGGGACACAUUGAAGUUCUCACAUCGUCAAAUGAUACAGAUUACAGAGAUAUGCUUCAAGGAUUCUCUGCAGAAACCGCAUAUUAUCACAAUAAAACAUAUAGAGCGAUAACCUGGCUCUAUCGCGGGGGUACUGCUGAAUAUUAUGCAUCGAGAGUAAUCUUCACGGACUACAAACAUUGUAUCAUACUCAGGACUGAAGAGUAUGGCAACCUGUGCGAACUAUUCACUGCCGGUCGUCAUGAUUCCGACCGAGUGAAUAGCUGGUGUUUUUUUAUCUACACUGUCUUCUGUGGGACACCGGCUGUCACUUUCAAGUCUUUAGGAGAAUGUUGGCCAGGACCGGCUGAAACGUAGACAUCAAAUUGAAGGAAAUAAACGAGUGUCAUGGG